ACUGUCCUUGAAGUAGACCCAAAUGUCAAGCAGCCAAAGACGUACUCAGUCAAACUAAAUGUCAAGCAGCCAAAGACGUACUUGGGGACCUUUUUAUAUUAAUAUGGGUUACUGUGCUCUUUCAAAAAAUCACAUUAUAUCAAAACAAUUAGAAAACAAUUUGACGUGAGUGACUGUAAAAAAGAAAUAUGGCAGGACAAGGAAAGAAAGUGGCAAUAGGAAUCGACCUAGGAACAACCUAUUCUUGUGUUGCUGUGUGGAAGAAUGAUAAUAUAGAGAUCAUAGUGAACGAUCAAGGGAGCAGAAUAACACCUUCUUAUGUUGCAUUCAAGGACUCUCAAAGGAUGAUUGGUGAUUCUGCUUUCAACGUGGCUGCUUCCAACCCAACCAACACUGUGUUCGAUGCAAAGAGGCUAAUUGGUAGGAAGUUUAGCGACCCCAUUGUUCAGAGUGAUAUGAAGUUAUGGCCAUUCAAAGUAAAUAGUGGCCUCGAUGACAAACCCAUGAUUGUCGUCAAUUACAAUGACGAGGAAAAGCAUUUUUCUGCUGAGGAAAUUUCAUCCAUGGUAUUGACAAAAAUGCGUGAGAUUGCAGAAACUUACCUUAGAUCAACAGUGAAUGAUGUUGUUAUAACUGUGCCUGCUUACUUCAAUAACUCACAAAGACAAGCUACUAGAGAUGCAGGUGUUAUUGCAGGCCUUAACGUUAUGCGAAUACUCAAUGAGCCUACUGCAGCAGCAAUUGCAUAUGGCCUUGGCAAGAAACCAUUUCAUUCUGGACCUAGACAUGUCUUCAUUUUUGAUUUAGGCGGUGGUACAUUGGAUGUAUCUGUUCUCACAUUUGAGAAAGAAAAUAUCCAUAUUAAGGCCAUUGGCGGAGACACCCACCUCGGGGGACAAGACUUUGAUUAUACAAUGGUGACCUAUUUCAUGAAGGAGUUCCUGAGGAAGCAUAAGAUUGAUAUUAGUGGAGACCCAAGAGCCCUUAGGAGGUUGAAAUCUGCUUGUGAAAAUGCAAAGAGAAUACUUUCUUCCAAUACUGAGACCACCAUUGAGAUAGAUUGUUUAAAAGAUGGUAUAGAUCUAUGCUUACCAAUUAGUCGUGCAAGGUUUGAUGAACUCAACAAGAAUCACUUCAACAAGUGCAUGGAGAUUGUAGAAAAGUGUCUAAUAGAUAGCAAGAUGGACAAGAGCAGAAUUCAUGAUGUUGUCCUUGUUGGUGGAUCUACAAGGAUCGUUAAAGUGCAACAACUACUGAGUGAUUUCUUUGAAGGGAAGGAAUUAUGCAAUAGCAUCAAUGUGGAUGAGGUGGUUGCAUAUGGUGCCGCUGUCCAUGCAUCUAUGUUGAGUGGGGAAAUUAGCGAAAAGGUUCAAGAUUUGAAAUUGAGGGAGGUCAUUCCUUUGUCCCUUGGAUUGGAAGUAAUUGGAGGAAUCAUGAAAAUAAUGAUUCCUAGGAAUACCAUAUUUCCUAUAAACAUGGAAGAAGUAUUCACCACACAUUUCCACAACCAAAUCAAUAUUGGUAUUAAUGUUUAUGAGGGUGAGAGGCAAAUGAUCAGGGACAACAACUUGCUUGGAACAUUUACGUUCAAAAUUCCUCCAGUUCCGGCAGGUGUUCCUCAAAUCAAGAUCAACUUUCAAAUUAAUGAUGAUGGCAUCUUACACGUCUCUACCACGGAAGAAAUUCUUGGAGUUAAUAAGAAGGUUAAAAUAAUAAGUGACAAGGAAAGACUAUCAAAGGAGGACAUUGAGAGAAUGAUCAAAGAAGCUGAGGAGUACAGGGAAGAGGACCAAAGGUAUAAGAAGAAGGUAGAAGCAAGAAAUGCACUGCAGAAGUAUGCAUACAACAUGCGUAAUGCCAUAAAUGAUAAGGAGAUUAGUUUGAAGCUUUCAUCAAAUGAAAAGAAAGAGAUAGAUGAAAAAAUUGAUUUGGUUUUAAUGUGGCUUGAUGUCAAUGUGGUUGCAGAACAACACGAUUUUGAGAAAUUUCGAAGACUUCUUUCAAGUGUGUUUGAUCCAAUUAUUAUGAAGAUGAUAAAAGAUGACGUGGGGAGUAGUGUGCAGCAAGGUACUGUUGUUAAAAAUAAAAAGAAGCGCCGUUGGUUCUUAUUAUUAGCAAAAUAUACUUUGCAGAUAGUGUAUACAGCUGCAACAGGUGACAUCACCGGAAUAACUUCUUCUAUAGUUGGUGAGUUUGUCAAAUAAUGUUUUGAGUGUACUGUAGAAACUGUAAGUUUAAUUGUUGGAUUUUCUUUUGGAUGUAUGCGGCGCCUUUAUGUUUGCAUUAACUAUUUCCCUUCUGUAACUUGUGUGGAAAUUAUGCUAUAUAUGUUUAUUAGUAAUAACAGUCCAUGUAUUUUGUAUGUGCUA